AAAUAAAAAUAACGAUAAAUCAAUUAUAGCAACAAUUAUCAAUGAAGAACAUGAGGAAACAUUGCCGAAUAAAGUUUUUCCAACAGAAAAAAACGGUAGCGAACGUAAAUCUUUGGAUGAUAAUAAUCUAACAAUUCGUUAUCGAACCUAUUCUGACAUAUUCACAUAUCAAACAUUAAUUAAUACGAGUUCAAGAAUAUCCCGUCAUCAUUCAGAUCCGCUAACAUCAUCUGGUGAAACAACACCAAAUCAGCGUUUACAUCACAGUAAUCCAUGUUCGAGAUGUCAAAUAAAUUUGCAUAAUGAACGUGCCAUAUCGAUGAGUGUUGGUCGUUGCGAAAAUCGAUUUUAUCAUUAUCGAGGAAUUAAUAAACGUUUGAGGAGGCCACCAUCAUAUAUAAAAGAAUUGAAAGCCUAUUUAGCCCAUCGAGAGGCAUCGGUUACGGACAUUGUCAGCAUUAAAGAUAUGAAAAAAAUUAGUAACGUCUUGGUGUGGUUAGCCAAACAACCGACGCCCCUUUUACAACGUCAACAAUCAUUUAGUGCAGAUAGUAGUCCACCAUUAAAUGUUUCUGCAUCAUCUGAUCCUACCUUAAACGAGAGAGAUAGCAGACCGAGCGCAGUUGAAAACGAGACUGUUGUAACAUCAAUCACUGAAAUUGUUUCUCUUUCCGCACUCCAAAAUGAUCCACUUCAACAACCAAUAUUUUCUACUUCCUGUCAUUCUGGAACACCAACGAACAAUCGAUCAAGAAACAAAGCGAUUGAAUCAGCAUGGGGAGUUUCAUUGAGACCUCAACAAGACAGACAAGUGGAAAAAAUUUUUCACGUUGAUAUGACGUCAGAACAACGUCAACAAGGUGUAUCAAUUGAACAGAAUACUAUCGAUAAUAUCAAUCCGAUACGAAAUGAUCAAUCAUGCUCAACAACCAACAUCAAUAUUUCAUCCUGUUUAAAUCAACAAAAUAGUAUUAUAGAAUCAAACAAUAAUGAACGAGAAUUAUUUGUACAAUUAAUGAAUAAAAAUGUUGUUGAUCAAGAAGAGGAUUCAGUGAUUAUUAAUGAAAUUUCUCAAUAUUCAGAUCCAAUUUCUACCACAGAGAAUGUUCCAAAUGAAAUUAAUACAAAAUUUUAUGGCAAGCCUUCUAGUAUUCAUAUUAUGUAUGACAAAGUCCCAUGGUCACUGCAUAUUAGAAAAGAGGUAUUUUCACCAUGUGAAACACUCGAACAACCACUCUUAAUCGAUUUAAUAUUCAUACAAAUUUUACGAGAUACAUUUUCACCGACCUGUGUACGAAUUAAUAACGAAGAACGUCUGUCAAUGAAGGCAUUAUUAGCUACGAACGGUGUCACUUCAAUAUCAGACAUGGAUGUAAUCAAAAAAUUAUCAACAAAAAAGUCGAUUGUCGAACAAGCAAAACAAUGGCAAACAUAUUUUUGCCGUUUGUUUCCAAUAUCGAAUCUCCAUUUUACAGGCUUCGAUGAACAAUGUGUUGUUUUAGACGGUUUAAUUCGAAACUUUGAAUUUAGUCAUUCGUCUUCGUCUGAAAAAUUGACAACAUUCGCAUUCUAA